CUUCAAUAUUUAGAAUCACCCGAUAAAUAUGGCGCAGGGAAAGUUUAAGUCGAAAGGAAGUCUUCCGAAAGGAGUUAAAGGGAGACAAAGUCAUAGACAGAAAAGCUCAGGACCGAAAAGAGGAGCUCGAGUUAUUGCUCCAAAAAAGACAAAGCAAAUAGAGGCGAAUAAAAUUAAAAAGGGGUUGGAGAGAUCUAUUAAAACCAGUAUAGAACAUGAAGCAGCAAUGAAAGCACAGUCUGUAGAACCCAAACAGUUCAAACUUGUCAAACCUACUGCAUCUACUGCCAGCACCUCAGAAAAAGGAAGCAAUGUAAAAAAGAAAUAAAAAGGAAAUAUAUGACUGUUUUGUUGAUUUGUCUACUGUAUAUGAACAUGUAUUUCGUUACUAAGUUUACUUUAAAUUAUUAUAAUAUGACAAUGACAUGAGACAAGACUAAGCUUGCUUAGUGCAUGCACAUUUAAGAUGAAAAAUUCUGGUCAUGCACGUGAAUAAAUUCAAACUUCCUAUUGCAAUGACCAUUUUCCUGGGAAGAUAGCCAUUAAAGUGUUUUUUUUUU